AUGUCUUAUACGAAAGAACAGGAAAUCUUGGUUGAAAAAAUAUUAAAAAGUGGUGAAUUUUAUUCAAUUUUAUCCGUUGAAAAAUCUGCUACUGAUGGCGAAAUUAAAAAGGCCUACAGAAAGUUGGCCUUGAAAGUCCAUCCUGAUAAGAACCAGCACCCAAAGGCACCUGAAGCUUUCAAGAAAGUUUCAAAGGCUUUUGAAAUUUUAUCUGACCCACAAAAGAGAGCGUUAUUUGAUCAGACUGGAAGAGACCCUGAUUCAAGACCUUCUGCUUCCACUUCUGGUUUCCAAAGAACCACCACAAAUGGUCCUGCUCCCGAUGAUAUAUUUUCAGCUUUCCAAGCUUUUAAUGGUAGACCAAUGAAUGAUGAUAUAUUCAACAUUUUUUUUGGUGGUCAGCGUGGAACCACUUUUACUUUUGGUCCUGGUGGUUUUACAACUCAUCGUUUCCCCCCAAGACAAAGAACUUAUCAAACUCAUCAAAACAGCACCAACCAACCACCUCCAGAUUUUUUAACUAGUUUAAAAAGUUUGUUACCUUUAUUUUUAAUACUUUUAAUGCCAAUAAUAUCAAUGUUUAGUGCUCACACUUCCAAUAAAAUCCCUGAUUUUUAUUUCACUCCAUAUAACAACUUUAAUGUUCAAAGAUCAACCCAAGUUUAUAACAUUCCUUAUUAUAUCAAGGAAUCCUCGCUUCAAGAUUUAACUGAAAAUGAUUUAAGGGUUUUAGAUAAAAAAGCCGAAAAUAAAUACAUCACAAUGCUAAAUAAAAAAUGUAUUUAUGAAAACACUGAAAGAAACAGAUUGAUAAAUGAAGCUCAUGGCUGGUUUUUUGUUGACACCGAAAGAUUGAAACAAGGAAGAAAUUAUCCAAGACCAAAUUGUGACAGAUUAGCUUCGAUGGGUUUAAUUUAA